AUGACGGAAGAAGUGUCAAGAAGAACUUGCGAUCAAAUCAGCAAUCUGCCUAUCAAUGCAAUUGAUGCUAUUCUUACUCGUUUGCCUCUGCGAGAUGCUGUUAGGACCAGUAUUUUGUCGAGAAAAUGGAGGUAUGACUGGGCCAAAGUUCCAAAACUUACUCUUGAUGAAUCACUCUGGAAAGAUCUAUCAACCCGUGAAGUUAGAGUUAAGCUUGGUAGGAUUCUCCUUCAUCUAUUUUCACUUAGGCAAGGACCAAUUAAAGAGUGUAGAAUCUCCAUUCCGAAAUCAAAAUACUUCCCUGAGGUUGACAACUUGAUCUUUUUCCUGUCAAGGAAUGAGAUCGAGUAUCUCGUUCUUGAACUUCCUAAGGGGGAGAAGUACAAAUUGCCCUCUUCUAUUUUCACAAGUUCAAAAAUGAGGCAUUUGACACUUCAGUAUUGUGUAAUCAAUCUUCCAACUACCUUUCAAGCAUUUGGUAAACUUCUUCGCUUACAAUUGUUUAAUGUUUCUAUUUCUGAAAAACAUCUUGAAAAAUUAAUAUCUCGUUGCCCACUGCUUGAGAACAUGGAGCUAGAUAUCUCAAACCCUUUGAACCAUAUUCAAGUUAAUGCUCCUAACCUAAAAUUCUUGAACUUUGGAAGCAAAAUAAUUUCUAUAUGUUUCCAGUGGCGGCUCUACAGCUUUGAAAAAAAGGCAACUGCCUUAGGCCCCAAAAUUUGA